AUGCCCCAAAGCCCCGAACAAGAUGGAACUACCGACCCUUUCGAGCCGGAUGUGGAUGAGGGAGAACCGAUGCCAAAAACAAGGGCGGUCCAGAUGGAUGUACCUACAGAUCCCAUUAGCGAGCCCAUCUUAAAGAUUUAUUUGGGAGAACCCGGUGCUUCGGAUAUCAUACAGAAAAUGACAGGGGUUGAGUUACAUGUGGUAGAUAAGGUGCGACAUGUUUGUCUGCAGAAUGGUAUCAGGGUGGUUCCAACGCCUUACAUGCGUAUUAAUGGCUUCACUGAGAAGGGUAUUGAUGAAAUAUUCACACCAUUACCGAGCGAUUUAAUAGGAACUGCCCUUAGAUCAGGCACUUUGUUCAAGAAAGAGAAGGCGGGAGAGUCAUUUUCGCGCUCAAGCGUAUCAUUCAUCGUUCCAGAAGGGCACGAUGCUGAUAUUAUCAUGGAGCUUACACUGGGUCGCGAGCUGGGUGAUAAGGUCCAAAAAACGUUGUUUACAUGA